AAGAUAACAUAUCACACUUGUUCCAAAAUAUUAAUUUGAAUUUAAAAAAUAAUAUGUUCGAAUAUACCUAAUAUUAUAAAAUAUAUUAUCUAUUUUACUACUUUAUAUCCCUAUUAUUCAAUAUGGGUAAGAAGAGUAAAAUUGGAAAACAACGUAAAGAUAAGUUUUACCACUUAGCUAAAGAAACAGGUAUGUAAUUUUCGUUUAAAACCAUUUUCGUGUUAUUUUUUCUAAAUCUGUAUUCGACCUUAUUGUACAGGAUUUAGAUCUCGUGCUGCUUUCAAGUUGCUCCAAUUGAACAGAAAGUUUGAUUUUCUACAGAAAGCUCGUGUUCUCAUCGAUCUUUGUGCGGCCCCAGGAGGAUGGAUGCAAGUGGCCAAACAGAACAUGCCGGUUUCCAGCAUUGUUAUUGGUAUCGAUUUGUAUCCCAUAAAGCCAGUACCUGGUUGUAUAUGUUUAACAGAAGAUAUAACGACUCCACAAUGUCAGUCUGCUCUUAGCAAAGAACUUCAGACAUAUAAAGCUGAUGUUGUUUUGAAUGACGGCGCUCCCAAUGUUGGUCAGGAAUUUAUUUUCUAUAUAUCUAUAUAAGAUUUUUUUGUUUUUAAGAACUUAACUAUGUUAAAUUUUCACUGUGUUUAGGUCAAAAUUGGAUUUAUGAUGCAUAUUCUCAAUCUUGUCUUACUUUAAGUGCAUUGAAAUUGUGCUGUCAUAAUCUUAGAGAAGGGGGAUGGUUUAUUACCAAAGUUUUCCGUUCAAAAGAUUACAAUGCCCUUAUGUGGGUUUUUAAACAACUUUUCAAAAAAGUGCACGCAACCAAACCCCAAGCAUCGCGUAGCGAGUCUGCUGAAAUAUUUGUCGUUUGCCAGUAUUACUUAAAGCCAGCCAAAUUAGAUAUGCGUUUCUUUAAUCCUAAUUAUGUUUUCAAAGACUUGGAAGUCAAACCACAAGUAUUUAUUUAUUAAACAUUUAAUUAUAUAGAUAAAAUAAUUAAAGUUAUUAUAACUUUUCUUUGUUAAUAUUGUUUAGGUGAAAUUGGAUUCUGAAAGUAAAACAUCUAAGAAACCAAAGGCUGAAGGUUAUCCAGAUAACACAACUAUAUUAUUUAAACAAUUACCAGUUACAACUUAUAUGACUUGUAAAAACCCAGCAAUAGCAUUACAAGAUGCAUAUGAAGUAAUGAUAAUUUAUUCUAUAAAUAUGUAAUAAACUAUCAAAUAUUUUCAAUUUAACAAAACAAAACAUUUGUAUUUAAUCUAAUAAGGUUUACAAAGAUUCAUAAUCUAUGUCCUGUUAAUCCUUAAUUUAAAUUGUUUUAUGAAAAUAUUGGAUUCUGAGGGAAGCAAGGAAUGUUUUACCUAUGAUGCGUUGUUUUUUUGUUUUCAUUUUUCCCUACAGAAAUUUACUGACAAAUUUCCUAUCAAAAUUAUUGUUUUGAUUAUCUAAUGUAACAUCUUUUUGUUGCAGUCAUUUUUUUGAUUUUCCUUAUAGUUUUUAUUAUAAUUUUAAAAGACAAUGACAAUGUACAGCAAAAACAGCGACUUCUUUUUUUUUAAUUCAGUUUGAAAUAAUUAUUGACCUAAACUUUGCUAAUAAUAAUAAUAUUAAUAAUACUGGGUUUCUCUAGAUUUGGUAAAAUUUUAAAAUCAUGCUAUCGGGGUUUUAGUUGAUUAUACUAUUUAUUGUCAUUUAACAUUUUCAAGUUUUUUAUUUUUAUUUGGAUUUAUAUCAAUAAAAUUGUUUUACCCAAGCAAAAAUUAUUGAAAUUUAAUAUCAAAUUCAUAUUUUGACAAAAUUCAUUAAAAAUUUUAACAUUUUAAAAUAUGUUCAACCAAACUUUACUCAGAAUCAUAAUUUGUUAACAAUAAUUUAUCUUUGCUUAUUAAAUAAAUAUGUAUCCUACUUUUCUUUCAUUUUAUUAUAUAUCUUAAAUGUAUAACUAUUAAAAUAAUCUUGUUUUUUUUUAUUUUAGAUUGUUUUUGAUGAUCCCAAUAUUGAAAAUCAUCCUAGUACGACAAAUGAAAUAAAAGAAUGUUGCAAAGAUAUUAAAGUAUUGGGUAAAAAAGAUGUUAGAUUAAUAAUGAAUUGGUGGAAGGUGUUUCAAGGCAAAGAAGAAAAAGUUGAAUCCAUUGAAGAACCGGAAGAUGAAAACAAAGAAAAUGAUAUUCAGCUUUCAGAAGAUGAAAAGGAAUUGGAUGAAGUUGAUAAAGAAAUCAAAGAGUUACAAGUGAGUACUAUAACAUUACUCAUAAAUAAAAAUUAACUAGAAGAAAGUUAUUAAAGUAUGUCAUAUAGUAUAAAAUUAGGUUAGGUAUAACUUAUAACCUUGUAUAUCAGGCUAAUAUGUUAUAAUUCAUUUUCUGUAGGAUGAAGAAAAACGAGAGUUGAAACGCAAAAAAAAGAAGACCAACAAAGAAAGAACAAAAUUACAAACAAAGAUGAAUUUAAAAAUGGUACACAAAGGUGAUUUGGGGCCGACUGAAGAACGUGAGACUGGUGUGUUUCAACUGUCUAAAAUCAAGUCAAAAAAAGCCUUAGACUCUGUAAUCGACCAAGCACCAGAUAUAAUAGAAUCUGAAGAUUCUGAUGUAGAAAUCAAGCCCAAGAAAGUUAAAUAUGAUCCGGACAAGACAUACCUCGAUAAGUCUGGAAUGUAAAUAACUAAGACAUAAUAACACUUAAAAAUUUUUUUUACAUUUAAAUAACUGUUUUUAGGUUCUAUCGUUCAGAUGAAAGUGAACAAGAACAAGAUUCAUCAGAUGAAGUUGAUAGUGAUACUGAAGGAUUAGGUAUGUUUUUUUAUUUUCUUAAUAUAUAGGUAUAGUUAAUUAAUUGGUGUUUGUCCAAAUUAGGUUUUAAAGAUAAAAAUCUUUCUUCAAAAUCAUUACCAAAGAAAAAAGUAACAUUUAAUGAUCCAAACGAAAAUCAUCCUUUAAUAACUGAUCUUGAUUAUCGAGAUGUAAAAGACAAACGGACAUCGAAAGCUGAACUUUGGUUUGAUAAGGUAUAAUUAGCUAUAAUAUUGUACUUAAAAAUUAAUAAUUAUUCUAAAAAUAACCUUUUAUGCUUAGGAUGUAUUCAAAAAUAUAGAAAAAGAAGAAGAUGAAGAUUAUGAGUUAGAAAAAAUGGCUGCUGUAAUAAAGUCCAAAGGUGGUAAAAUGUAUAGAGAAAAUUUAGAUGAUAACAAAGAUAGUGAUGAAGAUAAUAUAAAACCAGUUAAUGGAAAAAAAACCAAUGGAAAUAUUAAAACAAGUCAAAAAAAUAGCGACAGUGAAACUACAGAUUCUGAUUCUGAAUCUGAAAUCAGUGAAGCUGAAGAUCAAAGUGCUUCUAUACCAAUAAAUGAAUGGGAUGAUAAACCAGUGCUUACAUCAGCGGGUAAGAAAAAUAUCUAUUUAAUUUGUGUAUAAAAUGUAAUAUAUUUGAAUUGUAAUAAUAUUAAUAAAUAGGUAAAAAGAAGAAGAAAAGAAAUGCUAAAGUUUUGGAUGAUGAUGGCCUUGCUUUGGGUACAAUGAUGGUUAUGUCAAAAAAAACAAAAAGAGACAUUAUUGAUGGUGCUUGGAAUAGGUAUGCAUUCAAUGAUGAAGACUUACCCGAUUGGUUUGUAGAAGAUGAAUCAAAACAUAUGCGCAGACCUGUACCUGUACCUAAAGUAUGUUGAAAAAUAUCUUAUUGACAUGUUUUGUUAUAGUAAUAAUUGCCCAUUUACUUAUGUUUAGGAGCUAGUCGACGAAUUUGGAAAAAGACAUGAAGAAAUAAACAUUAGACCAAUUAAAAAAGUAGGUGAGGCUAAAGCCAGAAAAAAGAAGCGUGCAAUGCGUCAAAUGGAAAAAGCCAAAAAGAAGUUAGAAGGAGUGGUUGAAAAUACAGAUGUUACAGAAGCUGAAAAAGCUCGACAAGUUAGACAGUAAGUCAUUUACUGGUAUUUUUUUUACCUAUUUUACAACAAUAAUUUUUGAAUUUAGGAUAUACAAAAAAUUGAAACAACCAAAACAAGAAAUUAAAUAUGUUGUAUCCAAAAAACACACAGCUGCCAAGAGAGCGAAACGUCCAGCCGGAGUUAAAGGCCCGUAUAAGGUAGUCGAUCCACGAAUGAAGAAAGACAUGCGUGCAAAAAUGCGUAUGGACAAAAAGAAAUCUAAUAAAAAGGGUGCUAGGGUUAAGCCAUUGUCCAAAACUCGACGGGGUCACAAAUAGAAUGUUUAUUUUUUUUUAUAUGUAUAAAACUUAUCUCCUUGUGACUAUUAUUGUUUUAAAUAAAUAAAUUAUUUAUUGUGUCUAUUUCAUAUUAU